AGUUUAUGAACGGAGAAGAUUUCAGAAGUAAAUUAAGGGAAUUUCAUCUAAGAAGUAAAGAAUAAAGUACACAGGAAUCAAAAGUUAUUUUGGAAGAUGAAAAAAAUGAAUAAUGCUUGCUGUGUAAAAUUGAUUUUAGAGGAUCGUACAAUAGGCAAUUUAUUGAGAACGAACCUAUUAAAAUAAAAGGAGGUGACAUUUUCGAGAUAAAGACAAAUUCAUCCACUUUAACAUACAAUAGAAAUUAAGGUAAAAACCAAAGGAACCAUAAAACCAUAUGAUGCAAUAGAAAAAACACUCAAGGAUUUAAGUGAAGAAUUCAAAAAUUUAGAAGAUGAAUGGGCAAGAGCAAGAAAAGUUGCUGAAAAAGAGAAACAUUUAAUGAAAUUAGAAAUAUGA